GUAAAAAUCUCCUGAAAAUUAAUUGCGUAAAGAUAAAAAAGACUUCAUUCUUCACUACAAGUCCAACUUACCUAUUUAAAAUUGUGCCACGUGUCUCUUUUGAACUGAAUCUUACUUCAAAUAAAUAUGACAUUCAGUCUUAUUAAAAAAAGCUCCACUUGUAAAGCAAAAACAGCUGCUGCUUCCACACUCCCAUCUAGUCGCACCUUUCUCAAUCAACUACCCUGAACUACUUUUGAAUUUCGAUCCAGCAGCUGAUUACAAGCGUGCAACAAAGAAGCUGUCUAUGUUUCCACGCUCCCAGCUGCGGUCGCGGUCGAGCCUCCUCGAUUGCCCUGAAGGUGGCAGGGAAGUGCGGCAGGCAAUCAGCUGUAACCACAAAAACACCGCUGGAUGAAGCCGUGGGUGCAUCGAGACGCGACAACUUGGCUUUUCUUGGAAAAUAAUUGUGUAACUUGGGUAAUUUUAAUCUUUAAACCCUUUUUAACGAUUCAUAUUUAGUUUUUGGAAUUAAUAGUGUUAAUCAUCCUUUCCCAAGCAGCACAAUGGCGGAAAAUUUUGACCCGAUUCAGGACGUAUUUGAGGUGUUAAAUAAGCAUUUCGAUGCGCAGAAAAAAGCAGAGUCUGAUUUCAAGAGAGCUGGUUUCGCCAUGAAUCUUAAAAAGCUUAGAAAGCCUGAUUGUCGAGGAGAGACUUCAAAUUCUUAUGAUGAAAAUCGUUUUCAACCUGCCAGGAUCAAGACAAAAAACUGCGACUUUUGUGGAUACUCUCCUCCAUCAGAAAACCAAUUAGUCUUAAUCUCCAAAGGCGUCCAGCCGAAAAAGGAUUAUUUGAGGAUUUGUACCGAGUGCGUCACCAGAACAAAGCAGACCCUGGAGGAUUUCUGCGAAAUGAUGAACAUUCCCAAGAUGGAGGAUUUGACAGAUGAAGCUCGUCAGAUAAUUCGCGAAAUAUUUGACAAUGAUGAUUGCGUAGGCAUGUGGUUUGAGAGAGGAGAGUGCACCCUGUGCACCCUGGAGGGUAAAAACGUUUCCCUCAGCGUCCACGAGAUGGAGGACCACGUGCUGGAGCAUCACCGCGACACCUCGGCUGGCGGCAAGUGCGUGAAGGAUUGCAACCUGCACUUCAGGACCUUGGAGGAAAGGGCCGAUCACGAGCGCUACUGCGGCGCGUGGUGCAGGGAGUGCGGCACUUGCUUCCUGAAGUGCGACGCCCACUUCAGGGACGUGCACCAUGCUUACGUGUGUCCGGGCGUCGGGUGCGUGGGGACCUUCCGUUCCCUUCGCACUGCCUGCAAACACGUUUCCUGGUACCACCUUUGGAAGGUCGAGAAAUCUGGUGAUGGGCCAGCAGCCGCGCUGAGCCGAGCCAAACUUUUCUUAAGCCACCAGCCAGAAUUUGCAUCUUCAUUUCAUGUUUCAUCAUCAGUCGGGUGCGUUGGAACCUCCCAUUCCCUUCGCACAGUCUGAAACCACCUUUGGAUGAUGGUCGAGUGAUUUUUCUCCAACAAAAAUAUUCCUGGCUGAUGAAUAUAAUCCAACGAAUUUGGUUUACUCGAGUAAAUCAUAAAAACGUAAUUUUCAUUUCAAAAAAUUCACAACAUUUCAAUAAAAUUUAGCAUGACGCAAAA